AUGGCCGCGAUUACAGUGACUGGCGAAUAUGGUUACAUCGCUUUUGUCGUUGUUGGGAGCUGGGCGAUGUUAAACUACCUGGCUUUCCGGGUGAUGCAGGCCAGGAAGAAGUAUAAUGUGAAUUAUCCAAAACUGUACAGUGAAACAAGCCAUGAGUUUAACUGCAUCCAGCGAGCACAUCAGAACACACUCGAAGUCUACCCACAGUUUUUAGCUUUUCUUUUUCUUGGAGGCCUGCAGUUUCCAAAACUGAGUGCUGCGUUUGGUGUCAUCUUCAUUGCCAGCAGGUUGGUGUAUGCUCAUGGUUACUACACAUUUCAACCAGCAAAUCGAAACCGCGGAGCCUUUGGAUAUAUUGGCUUGAUUGGACUCAUUGUAAACACAGUCUUGUUUGGCCUCAGUUCAACUGGUUUCAUUUGA